AUGGGCACGCUGGGGGAAGGACUCGUGCUGCAUCCAGGUGGAGAGGAAGUUUUGCUUGAGCAGGCUGGGAGAGAUGCCACAGAGAGCUUUGAGGAUGUUGGACAUUCGAUAGAUGCCAGGGAAAUGCUCAAGCAGUACUACAUAGGAGAGGUUCACCCGUGUGACCAUAAAAAUGAAGGCUCUAAGGUAAGAUCUCAGUGUUCAUUUGUUUUGUUUUCUUUGUUUCUUUUCCUGCUUAAACCUAAUGUGGAGGGGCCUGUGCUAUGUUCAGUUAGCAGAUGUUCCAUUUUCACACUAUGUGGCAUUAGGCUGCUUUUGUUUUUAACCGAUCCAGAUGCAACACCUGGCAGCCAGCUCAGUUCCUGGUCAACAUGGCUAAUCCCCCUCCUUGGAGCCCUGGUCAUAGGUUUAAUGUAUCGCUAUUACAUGUUGGAUGGGAAGUCCUCUUGAAUUGGCCUCGCUGGAACUUUGAGAAGCAUGAGUGAACGCACAAGAAUGAGAGGCAGUGUAUGCACGCACACAGCAGUUGUGGGAUUUUGGUUGCCUUAAACCUUGCAUAUUUUGUUUUUAGCUCUGAGUCUGUUAGCAACGCUGAUGCCUGCAGAGCCAAGUUAUUGUCAGGCAGUGUCUGUCCUAACUCUGGGACCCACAUUCCUUGUGGUGCAUGGAGCAAGUGCAACUUCCUACUAUUCCACCAGAGAACAUGAAACAGCUGCUAGUGUGUGAGCCUGUGAAUUGCUUCAGUCCUUCAUAUGAGUGUCAUCAGAGAGAAACUGCCAACUGUCUCCUGUCCUAUCCAGCAAAGACGUUCUAGGACUGACUA